CUUUUCACUCAGUCCUUCCUUCCCUUCCAUAUAUUCCUUGGGUAUUCCUAUCUCAUUACAGCCAACUAAUACACACUCUAUCUUAUACCCUCCCUUAUAUCUUCUAAUCACUUAUCCACUCACUCUUUCUUUCACACAUACACAAAUAUAGAUCUAUAUUCAUACUACACACAGUACAACAUACGGAAUAGUAUCAUCAUGGUCCAAGAUACCACCGACGGAUCCUCCAGCAGCUCCAGCAGCUCCAGCCGCGAAUAUUGCAUGAGAUUCGAGAUCGCGCCCCAGGCUGCCGCAUGGCCCAACGUUCCCUUUACGCUGCCAGUCAUUGUCUCUGUCCGCACGGUAGGGGCUCCGCAAGACUAUGCCGUGCAGCAGUUGGCAAUGAAUGUCUCUUUGCGGACCGAGUCCGGAGACCCUGUUGCUUCUUAUCACCUGUCGGGAGCUCUCACGUCGAGCGUACGCAAUCACGACGGAAAUACCACCAGUGGCUUUGCUCGAUUCGGCCCGCUCGCCAUCACGCAGCCAGGGCGUUACCGACUGCGAAUCGCGUUGGCAGCCGCAUCCCCUGUCGACAUCACCAUAAAAGACUACAUUGAUUCGGAUGUAGUGGAUGUUCAUAUAGGAGCCGUGGCUCAUCGUCCCACACCAACACAGAUCUCGAGGCUUCAAAGCCUUGUUCCAGAGAAUCUUGACAUUACCAGAGCGGAGAUGGAGGAAUGGGAGCAUGCUUGUUUUGCUUGUUUCAGAAAUUAGAGUUUUCGCGCUUGGUUUCUGAUCCAUAAAGCCUGAAGAUUUUCCUCUCGAGCGCUAUAUCUUUUGACUCGUUUCAUAUCAGAUUGGUGUCUGCUCGCUCUGUUUUAUCUUUGAGCUACCUCGUUUUUGUUAUCAA